GUUGAAUGGCUGGAUGCGAGGAAAAAAAGUGUAGAGCUGCUGCACCGGCAAAAAAAGAUUUUUUUUUAAAGGGAGCUCUCUGGAGUGUUCCCAAAAGGAGACGCUCGUGAUGAUCUUUUCCCAUUUAGCUUUCUGAAGCCUCUGUCUCCUGCUUUUACUUGCUUAUACCUAUCCGUUCCCCCAGACAUUGCUACUUGGUCGCUCCUCCCCAUCUCCUCCUCCUCCUGCGUUUCCUGCUGGUUCGGCAGCCGAAUUCUCAGCCGGCGGCUCUCAGCUCCUUCCACCACCCCAAAGAAACUCCUCGCCUCCUUCCUCUCCUGCUCCUUUCCCUUCUCGGAAAAGGAGCAGAUGGGAUCGGCGGCGGCAACGACGAGGCCCGGCGCGGAGGUGGUGGUGGUCGCCAUGGCUGGUGGUGGUGUGAUGGUGACCUCACUCCCGAUCUCUGGGACCUCGCCUCCGCCCUCACCUUGGACCCCACCGUCCCGUAUCGUAUCCAACGUUUUGAGAAGGUAACAGAAAACACGGGCAACAGAGAACUAGAUAUAUCCAAAUAAUAGUAGAUAGAAUUGACACUGCCGAGCCACCGACGUUGGAGCUCGUUCCGUCGAUCGCCCGGUCUCCUGGUGUAGCAGCUGCGAGAGAUUUUAUCAACCACCAUGACCUUGAUCCCGUAUGAUCCUGAUGUGCUGAUCCUGAUGUGAGUGCUCAACCGAGAUGAAGAACGGCGAUCAGUCUUCAACGGAGGAUUCCGACGGCGAUGUUGAGGAUCUAGGAGAUACUGAGGCAUUUGCGGCUGCGGUUCAACCACCCGCUGUCGAUCUCAAGGUACAUGAUGUUGUGGAUGUAGGUGACUGGCAAACUGUGAAGAAGAAGAGAGAUCGUCGGCCAACCAGACUUCAGCGGCCAAUAGCCAGCAGAGCUUUUGCCGGCGAGGUGGAUGGCGUCUGUACGAAGAGGAGAUUGCGGGCCCGUCGUCUUACCUUGGCUCCGACGGCUCAGUCGGAGGUGGAUGUCGACGACGCCGUUCUCUUCGACGAAGCGGAGCGGAUCCUGGACAGUGAGCGUAUGGCGAGGGAGAUGGAGCUUGCAGUUGCGAUGACGUCAAAGCCUCGACCUCACGUGCAUGGUGUCGAGGACUUCAAAGGUUCCAGGUUCUGUGCACUGAGUGAAUCUGAUCCCAGUAGUGAUGAUGAAGGAAGUGAACCAGAGUCUCUGGAUACACCGGAAUUUGUCAAACGAGCAAAUGACUGUGGAUUUACCAUGUCUGAGCUCGCAGCUGCGGGGAAUGAGAUUUCAGAUGCAUCGUACUCUGCCUUAGAUGAAAGAUCAGUGGCAAAACGGAUUGUGGAUGCGGUGGUUAACACUAGGCCACGGGUUCGACCAUGGAAGGGUUCAUUGCCGCCGCCGCGGAAGUCUCCCCCAAUGACUCUAGCUGCAGCAAUGGACAAAGCACAGGUACUAUACAGGGGGACACACUGGCUUAGGUUUUGGACAAAUCUACAACCCAAAGAAGAAGACCAAGAAUUAAUAAUGAGCGCUUGCUGAAACUUAGUGGUGGCGGUAAUACAGAUUUUUUUAC